AUGCUGUCACACAUAUAUAAAUCAUCUGAAGAAUUGAAAGCACAUUAUGGCCAAUGUUUUGACAUUGAACGUUCUUCUCAGUUAUAUGUGUCUCAGGACCAAACAACAAAGGUCAGGAUAUUAUUAUUGAAGUUUGUGGAUAUAAAGGCGUUAUCCAAUACAAAGCUUGCUCGUAAAGAAGUUAAUGAAUUUAGAUCGGUGGUAGGGAAUGACAGAUUUGAUUUUGGAGUUGUAGUUGGAGUUUUGAAAGAAAAAAUUUCGGAUGAAGCUUAUAUCUCGGCUGAAAAAUCAGAACAUGAUAUUAUUAACUUAAUCGCUAGUCGAUUAAGUCAAGAAUUUCAUGCCUUAGAAGAUAAACAUAGAUUCUUAGAAGAUAGACGUAGAUUUUUAGAAGAUAGACUUAGAUUAUUAGAAAAUAGAU